UACAUAAAUUAAUUUAUUACAGUACUAUAAAUGAAAUCAUCAAUCAAAAUAGUUAAUAUUUAAAAAAAUACACAUAAUUUCAACUUUUUGCUGAGCCACUAAUGACAAACGACGGUUCUAUCUUGCUUACGCUCGUUUGAAGCGUUGAUAUUUUCCCACUGACCUCAUUUCGGUACAAGAACCUCAUUAACCAAACGGUCCAAAUUGAGGGCCGACGAUCCAGCUGGUCCAGUAGCUUUCCGAGCCAAAUUCCCCCAAUCCUCUGCCUUGUUCCUCAUCUCCUUCCCCUUUUCCCCGUUCAUCAACUCCUUCACGAGCUUCUCCACCGCCGCCCUCUUCACGUCCUUCUCCACCUCCAUCCCCAUCCCCCACUCCGUACACGCCAUCCUGCAAUUUAUCAUCUGGUCGCUGAAGAACGGCCAGCAGAGCACCGGAACUCCGGCGGUCAAGCUCUCGAUAAUCGAUCCCCACCCGCAGUGCGUCAGAAACCCUCCGACCGCCGGAUGGUUCAAAACCUCCUCCUGCGGGCACCAUCCGGAGAUGAACCCGAUCCUCUCCGCCUUCUCCUGGAAUUCCGGAGGAAGAGCAGCCGAUUCACCCGUAACCAGGUCGGGCCGGAUGACCCAGAGGAAGGAAACCCCGCUGCUGACCAAACCCAUCGCGAAUUCGGUCAGGUGCUGUUUCGACAUCGUGGCGAUGCUCCCGAAAUUGACGUAGAUUACGGAAUUGGGCGGUUUGGUGUGAAGCCAGCGGAGGCACUCUGGCUCUUCCUUCCACAGGCUGUAGCUGAUUGCGUCGAGGGUCGGGUGGGUGGAUGCGAUUUGGUCGACGAGGAGCUGGAUUGGUCCGACCGAGUAGACCCGGCCAGGGUAGAUGGAGUCGAGUGCGGCGAGGACGUUCCGUUCGAGGGCGUCGAAUGUGUGAAUUAGAAUAGCGGAAGCUCUGGCCGCUGAUUCGGCGAAUUCCAUUAGGCAGUGGAAAACCGGCUCUUCGGGAUCCGUUGUCUGAAAGAAGCUGGGCAGAUCCCGGAGACGUAUGUUGUUCAUUCCCGGCACUUCUAUUGCCGUCUCCAGAUAUCCAUUCGUCAAAUAGCUGUCGUCUGCCGGGGAAAAGAAAAAAAUUGAAAGGGAUAGUUAGUUUCAAAAAUGACCAAUUUAAUUGAAAUUUGACCAUCUUUUAAUUUGUACAGAAAAAAAUGACCUUUGAAGGGGGUGAUGCCUCUUUCAAGCAGAGGGCGGAACUGCUUGAACCCCAUGAACCCACAAGCAGCAAAGCUCCAGUAGCUCACCGACGGGAUGCCGAACUCCCGAGCCACGUCGACGGCGAAGGGCAUGGUGUCCGCAAUCACGCAGCUCACCGGAGGGUUGCUGUCGUUGUGGAGUUGGGCGAGGAGCUCCCUGAAGGGAGCGGGCAUGAACUUGCGGAUGGAGUUGCAGACCGCCGCGAUGUCCUGGGUGGCGUCGGGACGCGACGGUGGGAGGCCGUCGGGGAUGGUGGCGAAUUUGAAGUCGGGGAGUCCGUCGAGGGCGUGGGGACCUCUGGUGUGGAGGAAACGGUUGUGGUUGAACUGGGUGUUGACGUAAGUGAUGUGGAAGCCUCUGUUGUGGAGGAGCUUGGCGAGCUUGAGAGUGGCCUUGAUGUGGCUCUGAGCUGGGAAUGGGAUGCAAACGGCAUGGGGCUUCUUCGGCAGCGCCGCGUCCUUCGAGCCCAUUGUCUUGUCUUGUUUGGUUUUGUGUGCUUUCAAUUUGGGGAUUGGAUGGAUGAGAAAUGUGUUACUGUUAGCUAGAUAUAUAGCCAACUUCUCUGGAUAAUACUCAUCAGUAGAUCGAUCCCAAAGUAUAUAUGUAAUUAUGCCUUUCCUUUCUCAACGGAGUUUUUUGGAUGAAUAUUUCGUAAUUGUCUAUAACACUAUAUCUACAACAAAAGAGGCUUGUCAACAUCAACACGAUAUAUAUUGGAAUGUUAAAUAUUUGUUCCUCCAUUUCGAAAAUGCGA